UACUUCACCAAAAUACAAUUUUGCGAAAUUCAUCGAAUAUUGUUCUAUCAGAAAAAAACGCAAUUUGUUUAAUUCAGUGCGAUCAGUCCCGGCUGUCGAAGCACGUGUCUCGUUAUAGCCGCGUGAUAUUGAAUGGAGAAGUGGUAAAGAUGAGACUGAGGACUCGUUUGAUUAACAUUUGCAUUCGGCACAAAUGCACCAACGCGCAGGACGGCAUUCAUCUUUCCAGGAUUCAGUGGAAGAGGGUUCGUCUGAAGAACUCCCAAGAAUCUAAUCAAGAGAAUCUAACCUCUAAGAACGACAAAUCAACCACAAACUCUCUUCGCAAUUCGCCUGUGAUACCAGUUAAUUUUGAGAUGGGCUACCACAAAUUAUUUGCUAAGUCUGAGAAAAUGCCAAGCAAGUUGAAUGUUAACAUACAAAUAUCAAAGAAAUCGACAACAGAACAGAAUAUAAAUUCAGACAUAGAAUCUAGCAAUAAAAGUACAAACAUUCACGAUAUAAACAGGCAAGUAACUGAAUUGGAUCAACAAUUACAACAAAAUGAGUCUCAAGAAUUAAGGGAAUCAGAAAAUAGUAUAAAUAUUGAUUCAAAUGCAAAUUCGAAGAAUGAUAAUGUUCGAGUUAACGAAAUAAAUAUGCAAAUGUUACCCAAAGCAUUGCACCAACAAUUGUUCAGAAAAGAUGAUAAAGAAAACUCGCUGUCUGAAGAGGAAAUUGAUAGCAUAAAGAAAAAUUUAAUCACAUAUGGUAUAAACAUGGAAGAUGCAACCAGGUUGCCAGACGUAAACUUGAAACUACCGGCUUUGGAAGGAAAAGAUAUAGAGGAACAUUUUUAUAAUAUUGGAAAAGCACAAGCUAAGCCUUAUUUAAAAAUUAUAAGUGAUAUUAUGAACGAUAUUCCUAAAAUGCCAACACGAUGGCUCUUCAAAGAAGGUUGGACUAGAUAUACAGCAGAUGGUACAGUAGAAAGCAUAGAUUACCCUUUAGAAGAUGGUCUAAUUUUCGACGUUGAGGUCUGCAUGAAACAGGGUCCUUUGCCUACUCUAGCCACUGCGGUCAGUGAUAAAGCCUGGUACAGUUGGGUAUCAAAUUCCUUGGCACAAAAUAUUAGUCAAACGUUUGACACACAGUUGUUUACACCAAAUAUGCUUAUUCCUAUAGAGAGUAGCAAAGAGGAAUAUGGACAUAGACUGAACCAGCAUCAGAAAAAACCAAAAAUUAUUGUAGGUCACAAUGUGUCGUAUGACAGAAGUAGAAUUAAGGAGCAGUAUUGGUUGAAUUCCACAGGAACUCGUUUUCUUGACACUAUGUCAUUACAUGUAUGUGUCAGUGGUCUCAACAGUUAUCAAAGAGCGCUAUUAGUAUCUAAGAAAGCGGACAUGGAGAAAGAGAUCUGGCAGUCUACCACUUCAUUGAACAGUUUAAUAGAAGUGCAUAAGCUGUACUGUGGCUACGAGAUAAGUAAAGAAGGAAGAAAUUUAUUUGUCGAAGGUACUAUUAAAGAUAUUAAAGAUAAUUUCAGUAUGUUGAUGUCUUACUGUGCCUCUGAUGUAGUUGCUACUCACAAUAUACUAUGCAAACUAUUCCUACUCUUUCAAGAAAGAUUCCCUCAUCCAGUUACUUUGGCAGGAAUGCUGGAACUUAGUUCAGCAUACUUGCCGGUGAAUUCCAAUUGGCAAAGGUACUUGGAGGAAUCAGAGUCGACCUUUGACGACUUAAAUUACGAAGCGAAAUUCACCCUCGCCAAGAGAGCCGAUGCUGUUUGUCAUCUCAUGCACGAUGAGAAAUAUAAGAAGGACUUGUGGAUGUGGGACCAAGAUUGGAGCACACAGAACAUUAAGAUGAAAAGCAAAAUCUCAAAAGUAAAGGCUGCUAACGAAGAGACAAUUAUAAUAGAAAAAACAAAAGAGCAGUCAGACACUAAAUAUUUAUCAGAUGAUGAGGAAGAAGAAGAGGAUUCUCUAGCAAAGGAAUUUGCGUAUUUGGAAAAAACCAGACACUUAUUGCCAGCUAGAAUGCCGCACAUGCCAGGAUAUCCAGCGUGGUACAGGAAACUCUGUCCUAAGCAAAGCGAAAAUAAAGACUGGGAAUCAGGUCCACAAAAUAUUAGCACUUCCAUGCAGGUAGUUCCGAAGCUGUUGAAUCUGACAUGGGAGAAGUAUCCGUUGCAUUAUAUAAAGGACCGUGGUUGGGGAAUUUUGGUACCUUACAGGAACGAUCCCGACAUUGAGACCAAACUGCCAUUGGAAAAUCUUUUGGCGCAGUGUCCUUUGCCAGCGGCCAGUCCGUCCAGGGAUAGUUCCAAUGAUGCGAUGGCCACCUUGAGCACUGAUGUACAAAACGAUCUUCACAAGACGGAAUUCUGGCGAUUUAAGAAGAAGCAGAAUAAGUUAUACAAUGAAAUAUAUAAGGGCACUGGCGUGUGGUGCAACGUCGAUAUCGACAACUGUUGUUACUUCUUCAAGCUGCCGCACAAGGAUGGUGCCAAUUUCAAUGUCGGAAAUCCGCUUGCUAAGGACUUCCUUAACAAGUUUUCCGAGAAUGUACUUGCCGGAUUGGAUGUCAGCGCCGCGGAGGUGCUGAAAAUCGCUCGUAUGCUGUCCUACUGGCGGAAUAAUCGCGACAGGAUCAUGUCGCAACUGGUGAUAUGGCUGGACAAUCACUCUCUGCCUGGUAACGUCAAGAGAACGAAGCGAUACCUGCGUUAUGGCGCGAUAAUACCUCAGGUAGUCGUCUCCGGUACUUUAACACGUCGCGCUGUAGAGCCCACGUGGAUGACAGCAUCAAAUGCACAUGUCGAACGAAUUGGUUCCGAGCUCAGAUGUAUGGUGCAAGCGCCGCCAGGAUAUAACAUUGUCGGUGCUGACGUAGACAGCCAGGAGUUGUGGAUCGCCUCGAUUAUCGGAGAUGCACAUUACAAGCGUGUCCACGGAGCGACGCCUUUCGGUUGGAUGACCCUCAUUGGCACCAAGUCCAAUGGCACCGACAUGCACAGCGUUACCGCCAAGGCUAUCGGCAUUUCGCGCGACCACGCCAAAGUCAUCAACUAUGCCCGAAUCUACGGUGCCGGUCAGAAGUUCGCCCAACGGCUGCUGAAGCAAUUCAAUCCAUCUAUGACGGACGCCGAAGCUACCUCUAAAUCACGCAAGAUGUUUGCUCUUACAAAGGGUAAAAAAGUAUUUCGGUUGAAGCCUGAAUUCGUCAAUGAUGACUUACAAGACAUUGCCUACACAUCCUCUCAAGCAUUUAAGAUAGCGAAGUUGCAUGGCAAAGCGUUACAGGACAUCUUCCUGAAGAGUGAAUGGAUGGACGGCUCGGAAUCAGCCAUGUUCAACCGAUUAGAACAGAUCGCUGGCAGUGAAUAUCCAGUCACGCCAUUCCUUGAUGCUAGAUUGAGCCGCGCCCUGGAGAUCACCAAUACCGACGAUGAUGACAAAUUCUUACCCACCAAAAUUAAUUGGGUUGUGCAGAGUGGCGCGGUAGACUUCCUUCAUCUGAUGCUGGUUUCCAUGAGAUGGCUGAUGAGAGAUAACGCUAGAUUCUGCUUAUCGUUUCACGAUGAAGUGAGAUAUCUGGUCCCGUUCAAGUAUAAGUACAACGCUGCGUUGGCCAUGCACGUGACCAACUUGACGACGAGAUCAUUCUGCGCUUCUAGACUAGGAAUGAGAGAUCUGCCAAUGUCUGUAGCGUUUUUUGCUGCCGUAGAAGUUGAUACUGUCCUUCGCAAAGAGUCCACUCACGAUUGUAAGACUCCAUCCAAUCCUCACGGCUUACAAAAUGGAUAUGAGAUACCGCCCGGCGAAAGUUUAGAUAUCUGGGCUGCUUUGGAAAAAUCUGGCGGCUCGCUAGGCUAUUGGCAUGAAGCAAAAAAUCGCAAAGUUAAAUCAGACGCGGAUUCCAUCGUUAAAAAAAUUACCAUAGUCUCAUAAAAAGCUAUUUAAAA